AUGAUUGAUGCUGCACAAGCUGACUUGUCACAAGAACACGCUAUGAUCAAGAACAAGACAACUUCUCAAGGAGAUCGUCUCCGUUUCCUCCGCGUGCUAUUCGCUGCAACGCUCUGUUUGUUCUGCGCGGGUUGGCUGUUUUGCCAAGAAGGACAGAAGGUUUCAAAACCGACAGAAUUGAAAGAAACAAAAUUGACUAGACAACUGAUCGCUAAUAUCAAAGGCAAAGAAAAGGUUUUGGAGGAUGCUUUCAACGAAGACGCGAGAGAGGAUAGAGUUAUAACUGCAGCUUAUCAAAUCGCACGAGCUAGAAUUCGAGACCAACUUCAAGAUAGAUUCGACAACCAAGUUAAGCAGGAGCUAGAGAAGAAUCUACACCCGACCAUGUCGACGAGUACAUUCCUCUACAAGAUUGGAAAGAACGUACUUGCUGCUCAGAGAGGCCUAGAUGAUGGGCGAAAGCUUCUAGAUGGGCUCCAAGGGCUGGGAAGGAGGGUCGAAGGGCUCGAACAAUCGAUCUGCCGUGAUGUGAAUUGUGAUGAUCCAUGGCAAAGAAUGAAACAGGCCUUGAACAGGAAGGAGGAGGCGCGCAAGGCGCUGGCUCGAGUGAAAACGGAGCAUCUGAGCAACGUUGAGCUGAAGAAGUCAGAGGGGAAGAGAUUCGAUGGGAUUCUCAACAGCCUUAGCAACACCUCAAGAUGGGAGGAUGAGGAGAUCCAGAAGUGGAAGGAGAAAUCAGAAGAGCUGCGCGCUCUCUUGCAUGAGAGGGAGACCAAUCAAAGAGCAGCAGCGCAUAAGCAGCCGAACGUGACUGCUGCCGUUCCGUAUCACUGCCAUGGCCUCGUGCACCUCGUGGGCCGGCGAGGAAGCAUCACAACGGGAACGGGGCCUGUGCCUGACCCUUCCGACAACGAUUGCAGGUGGAUCAUCAAAUCAGAUAAGAACGUUCUUCUUCAAUUUCAAGAUUUCCACAUCUACGGAACUUCCGGGAGGCUCACGAUCUUUGCUGGGCCCAAGGACGUCGAGCGCUAUCGCAAUGAGGAUGUGAUCAACUGGGCUAGUGCCUUCCGGUCCAUCACUGGAGUCAAGAACGAGGCCCCGAUCGCGUGCCCGUCGAACGAGGUCCUCCUCGUCUUCAAGACCAGCGCCAUCAACGCCGAGAGGAGCGGCUUCAACCUGACCUGGAGCGAUAGCUAGACUCACUAGGAACCGCACGGCCCGGUGCCUCAGUUCUGUUCGAGUCUUCAGCUGAGCCCCGGCUGCCAGCUGGGCCGGGCGGUCCGGCGGGCUGCUGCAUCACUGUACUUGGAGCUAAAGUUGACUGCUUGGGCCCGGAGCCCGGCGGCGCCACUGGCUCAGGACUGCCGGGUGGCGGCCAGGCGCGACUAGGCACUGGCAGCGCCGCGGGGCCCGCCGGGCCGGCCCACUGAGCAGCCGCUGAGUCACCGGAGGUUUCUCGCCGUCGGACGGUGAACGGCCGGGCGAUCAUCGGACUCAUGAUGGCCCUGAGGUCCGACGGUCCCACGGUCCCACGGUUCGCCGGCCUAGGCACAGUCAGAUUUCGAGCCUGCCAGGAUCGGACACUGCCGCGGCGGCCGGGGUGGUGUACCGGACUCUUCGGAACCCCCGGAGGCGACUCAUGUCACAGUAAAGACAGAAAAUUCGAAGCAGCUCACCCCGCUGGUGGCCCGCGGCCGGACCGUACACUUGCAGAAGGCAUCAGACAGGCUGAGAGGCUGGUAAAACUUCGGGAAACUAGUGACUUCAUUCUUACCUUCAGUCCGAGACCGUCCCAGAAUCAUAAGUUUCAAGGCCGGGUUCAUCAGCCGUUGAACUGCCAGCACGGCGGUACGUUCGGAACUGAAUAAACCGAGCGAAGCGAGUGGUCCCCGCAGUGACAUUCGUGACUGGAUCAACACUGAUCCAGUACAGAGAUUGAACUUUCUCGGCGCAUGAGUAUCGUUUACUCAUUCUGGUGUGGAGAGAAGCACCCGUGAAGAAAAGCCAAAAAAGAUAAAGCAUCUACAUCUUGAAUGAGUUGGCAAUUCAGUUCAAUGUCACUCUACGCUUUGCCGCACUAUGCAACUGUUGCACUACGGUGGGCCUGAUGAUUGCAAAGGUUCAGCCCUUCUUGUUGCUGCCGUCCACGAGCUCCUUCAGGUGCAAGUGCUUUUUGAACUUGAAUCUCAUACACGCUUCCUGCAACAUCCACCUCCAUGGAUUUUUGAUUCCGCCCUUUCCUUUGUUGGGCUCGAACGGGCAGAGGAGCGUGAAGUCUACAGUGCCUCUAGGACAGGCCGUACAUUGCUGCCCCGUUUCGAUCCUUGUAGAAGUUGAGGAGUUUACUGAAGCUGUAAUCAACAAUCUUGAUGCAAGGAUAGUUGGUAGUACCCCACGACGUUGUACAGCCGGUUUGAAGAGAAAUGCCACCGAUGUCAAUCGGAGAUCCUGUUGACAAACAAGUUUUAUUCAUGUUUCUCAGGAGAAAUGAGCUACACUGAGCUAUUGGAGAGAGACACGUAGAAGCUUUACAACUCAGUAUCAAAGCAGAGAGCAUCUCUAAUACAAGACAUAAUCGAUCC